UCUCAACCCAAAGCUUCUAGCAAGCGCAUCCCACCUUUCAAAAAGAGAAAAAAAGAACACAAGACACUCACUGUGUGUCCAUGUUUUCCCUGUCAUCUUUAUACACAUAUCUGAUCAAACCCGAGAGCUGCCAUCCACAACGACGAGGUCACACGGAGGAAUUUCUGCUGCAAUUUUAAACGAAGACACUGGAAGACUCCCUCUGCACAGCCUAUAGCUUCUUCUCUCGUCACUAUGUGCUCUAAAACCACCCAAUAAAGUCCUGCUUUUUGCACAUUUGUUGCUCUGUCUUACACAUAAACGUUUUCAGAGAAACAAAAAAAGACAAGAAAAGAAAAAAACAUCGGUCAUGUUUCUCACCUGCCAGGCAUCCCUUGUCUCAUCGUUGCACGGACUCUACUGACGUUCAAGAGACAGAACGAGAACACACUCCGCAACUUUGCCUUAUUUUUUUCCUCAGAAGUUACCAUCAGAUUGAUUGAAUUCGGAGACAGACAUUCGUUUCCAUUAUUUUUUUUUUCUGCUCAUAAAAUAUCUGAUCGUUUCUUUCGGUUUUAAGUUUCAUCACCGAGGCGAAACGGCGGCUUCAGUUGAUUAUUUUUCUUUUCUUUGCUAUCCUAUGGAUAUUCACUGCAAAGCAGACCCCUUCUCAGCGAUGCACCGGCAUGGGGGUGUAAACCAGCUAGGAGGGGUGUUUGUGAACGGCAGACCCCUACCUGAUGUGGUAAGACAGAGGAUUGUAGAGCUCGCGCACCAGGGAGUGCGACCCUGUGACAUCUCAAGGCAGUUGCGGGUCAGCCAUGGUUGUGUCAGCAAAAUUCUCGGCAGGUAUUACGAGACUGGCAGCAUUAAACCUGGAGUUAUUGGUGGUUCGAAACCUAAAGUGGCAACUCCAAAAGUUGUGGAAAAAAUUGCAGAAUAUAAACGCCAGAACCCAACAAUGUUUGCCUGGGAGAUCAGAGACAGGCUUCUGGCAGAAGGCAUCUGUGACAAUGACACUGUUCCCAGUGUAUCAUCCAUCAACAGGAUUAUUCGGACCAAAGUUCAACAGCCUUUCCAUCCAUCACCAGACGGAACUGGAACACCACUCUCAACACCAGGUCACACUAUAGUUCCAAGCACGGCAUCUCCACCAGUUUCCAGUGCUUCAAGUGAUCCAGUGGGCUCCUAUUCUAUUAAUGGCAUUUUGGGAAUUCCACGGUCAAAUGGAGAAAAAAGAAAACGAGAUGACGAUGGUUCUGAUGGUUCUGGCCCAAACAGUGACUCUCAGGGUAGUGUUGACAGUUUACGCAAGCACCUAAGGGCUGAUGCUUUCACCCAGCAGCAACUAGAAGCUUUAGAUCGUGUUUUUGAAAGGCCUACAUACCCAGAUGUCUUCCAAACAUCUGAACACAUUAAAUCAGAACAGGCAAAUGAAUAUUCUCUACCAGCACUGAAUCCGGGACUAGAUGAAGUAAAGUCUAGUUUGUCCGCCGCUGGCAGCCAAGAUUUAAGUUCAAACGUUUCUCAAAGUUACCCAGUAGUGACAGGUCGAGACAUGGCCAGUACCACACUACCUGGGUAUCCUCCACACGUUCCUCCAACCGGUCAAGGCAGCUAUCCAACGUCUACACUUGCUGGAAUGGUACCUGGAAGUGAAUUUUCUGGCAAUCCAUAUACCCAUCCGCAGUAUACGACUUACAAUGAAGCUUGGCGAUUUAGCAACCCAGCACUAUUGAGUUCCCCUUAUUAUUAUAGUGCCGCAUCCAGGGGCGCCGCACCUGCCACUGCUUCCACUGCCUAUGACCGCCACUAGUUACCACAGAAACCAAAUGAAACUACAGGACGAUGGGUACGGCCUCCAUAUUGUACCAGUGUGAACGACAUUAAAAUCCAAGGGAUGGAAGAUAACAACCAAAGCUUCCUACUUCUCUUGCAUACAAUGUGAAGGAUGGACAUUAGAAGACUUCACACACCAUUCAGCCUGGCAACCAUUAACACCCCUGUUCUAAGUUUUGGUCUGCAAUCUCUUAAAAUUAAAAGAAUUGAAAAAAUAUCUGAGACUUUAAUUUAAAAGAAAUAAAAGACAAAGGAAGAAAAAAUGGCAGAUGCUAAGAAAGUGACUUGCUUCUAUCUCCUCUUGGAUCAAUACAUUCCUGGACUUCAGUGAGGUGUCUUCUAAGGAGUUUCUGAAAGGAUCAGAGCUGAAAGCAGUAGUUUACUCCAAAGUAGCAAUUCUGCGUAAAUCUCUGGACACGUGCUAUUCCUUGUUUACAGUUCAUGAGAGGAUCAUUAUAAAAUUGUCAGCCAUUUAAGAAGACUGGAGAGGGUGGUAUGCAACUUAUUUGUUCCACUCCCUUUUGUCAAUGCAUUAAAAAAAAACAUCUUUUAAAAAGAAUAUAUAUAUAAAUAUAUAUAGAGAGAAAGAUAGGUCUAUCUGCUUGACGAUACCAUAAGAAGGUUAAGGUGGACAUGUUUUCUGUGAUACACAAUCAAAUGUAAAAUAAGCAAGCCAUGAAACACCAUGGUCUUCUACCAACAAAAAAUUAAAUAAGUGAAUAAAUAUUAAGUUAAGUUUUUAUUAUUAUUAUUAUUAUUAUUGUUAUUAUUAUUAUUACUGUUAUUGUUAAUAUUGAUAACAUGAAGGUCUGUAUAAAUGUUAGGGAUCCAUUUGUUUUGGCUUUUCCUUCUUUUCUUUAAUAAUCAAGACAAGUGAUCUUCAAGAGAGUCCAUGCAAUAUCUGAUCCUUAUUUGUACUUAUUUUUGCACUAUUAUAUUAAGGUCUGAAGGUAUAGGAAACAAACUCUGAGUUCACUGACGGUAAAUAUUUGUUCUAAUGUGGGAUAGUAUGAAUUACCAGGCUUUAUCACUACAGAGAGAUAAAGGGGUGUUCAGCUAAAGUUUGUCAUUAGUGAGAGCUGGCACUUAAAGAACCUCCUUAAACAAGUUUACAAUUGAUUAUCUGUUUCAUUACAGUGGUUUAUAAAUACAUGCUCAGAUUUUAUAUAUCUAUAUUAUUUUUUAAACUGGUCUUUUUUUAAACCUGUCCCUUACAGUUGGUUCUAAGCAGAGUCAAACUUUCAAAUUUUUUGGCAUAGCAUUAUAGCUUAAUGAAUAGCAAAACGAUAAAAAAUAAGUUAUUUGCACUUAUGAAUGUAAAUUCAUAUAUCAUUUAUUUGGCAACAUACCAUUGAAUCCUAAAAGCCCCUUUAAAAAAACAACAAAAAAAAAAAAAAA